AAAUCCGGUCCGCAUUUUACGGCACACCUUCAACACACUACAUUUACAUUACCGUCUCCCAAUUUACCGAGAGACGUUAUCAGUAAAAAUGUCAGCUGUGUGGGAUCAUUUCACCUUAUAGGACGACAAAGACCAAGAGGCAGAGAGCAACAUAUGCCACAAUAAAGUCAAGGGUAGUGGUAAAGCUGUAAGAAGUUUUAUUGCAACCAACCUAAUCAAGAAUUUAGCGAAAUACCACCACAAACAAUAUGAGGAGUAUGUUAAGAAAACCGAAGACAAAAAGAAAGGUCCUACGCAACUAACACUGGCAGAAACUUUUGCUAUGCGUGACAAACUGGCACUCGACAGUCCCAAAGCCCAGGGAAUAACAACAGUCAUUGCCCAAGAAUUCAUUCUGGAUGACGAGCCAUUAUCUCACAUGAGUAAAGACGCACCAUCCAACACUCGAUUCGGCCGCUGAAGAUUCGAGAACGAUGCACAAACAUCCAAAUUCCGAUUAUUGAAAUAUGUCAAGUAAAGCGGCACUAAUACACAGCGCGGUCUUCGGGACGCAAUGAGAAACUGACCACAUUGCGUCCCGAAAGUAAACAUAACUUGUCUUAGACCGGGUAAUGCCAAUGUUCAACGCACAGCUUUAGCUCAACUCAUGCCGCUGGAUAAAAAACACAAGAAUACCUGACUUCUGCUGACAGCCGCAACAAACUACGUCAACGUCGUUUUACUGGAGAUAAUAGAUAUCAUAUGUAUAUAGAACCAGAUGCUACACAACAGACUCGACUGCGUUAGCAACAUUGAAGUAUUGAAAACCAGAUGGGUUAGUAAACAGCCGCCAUCUUAAAGCAGAAGACUUCCCUAGUAGGCUGUUGUGAAACUUCCAAGCGAACCUAAUUAACUUUUUAUCUAAAAUACUCCUAAAUCGGCAAAAUCUUGACUUGAAUCUAUCUUCAAAACAGGUUUAAAACUUUCACAUGUCGAAAGUAGACAGAAGGGAAAUUAUAACGGGAGCAAUUUUAACAACUUUAACAAUUGAUUCGCAAAAUUAAAUGACAUGAAUGUAGUUUAAAGCUGCUGAUACAGAAUGGGGACUUGAGUAUUUUAUUUACUGUUUUAAAAUGUUAACUUGAUACUGAAAUAGUCGUUUAUUUAAACCUGAGAGGCUUUUUAUACAAUUUUUGUAACUAAUGCACGAAACAUUAAAAGCAUCUAAUAGCUUGGGGGAUUUGGAGGAUUUUCCACUGAGGUUGUUGGUAUGUUUUGCUUUUUUAAGACAGUUUACAAUAUUAUUUGGAGGUUUUACUGACUGACUAUGCCAUUUCUGUUUGUUAUUUAUAAUGUUUAGUGUUUGUCACUGGAUAAACAGGUCAGUUUCUUGUUACCAACCGUUGUGUGUUAUUCAAACUGACCUAAUUCAGCUGGCUAGUUGUUAUCAAGGGUACUAAAACCUUUUUUAACAUGAGUCUGACAACUAAGAAAGGAGGCUAAAUAACUUUAAACUUUAACACAUGCUCAGAUAGUUCGGUAUCGGCCAGUAUCGGUAUCGGAUCGGAAGUGCAAAACAAUAUCGGUAUCGGAUCGGAAGUGCAAAAACCUGGAUCGGGACAUCCCUAGUUUCAGCACCAUAUUAGCAUUGUGUAAUUAUUGACAUCAACAAUGGCGAGCUACUAGUAUAUUUUUUGAUUGAAAAUUUUACAAAUUUUAUUAAAACGAAAACAUUGAGAGGGGUUUUAAUAUAAAAUUUCUCUAACUUGUACUAACAUUUAUCUUUUAAGAACUACAAGUCUUUCUAUCCAUGGAUCGCUUUAACAGAAUGUUAAUGUUAAUGCCAUCUUGUUGAUUUAUUGUUAUAAGAAACAAAUACAGUACUUAUGUACCGUAUGUUGAAUGUAUAUAUCUGUCUUGUGUCUUAUCUUUCCAUUCCAACAAUAAUUUCACAGAAAAAAAUGCCAUAUUUUAUAGAUGGUUUGAAUUGCGAUUGAUUACGAUUAAUUAAUUUUUAAUCAGUAAUAACCUCGAUUAAAAAUUUUAAUCGUUUGACAGCCCUAUAAAAAGUCAAUAAUACAAUUGAACACACGUUGCCAAAGGCAGAACGUGGCCAUAGCUAUUAAGAGUUAUUCAGAUAACUAUAGAAUAAAGAACAUGCUAACAAGUUUACCAAACCAUCAGUGUCACUCCAAAACAUAAAAAUAACAUGUGAAAUGAUAUCAUAAUGUGUUAAUAAUUUCACACAUAAGUCGCUCCUGAGUAUAAGUCGCACCCCCAGCCAAAAUAUGAAAAAAUAAAAUGCGACUUAUAGUCCGAAAAAUACGGUAACAUUAUUAACAUUCUUUCUGUUAAAGGGAUCCACAAGACAGACUUGUAGUUCUUAAAAGAUAAAUGUUAGUACAAGUUAAACUAAUUUUAUAUUAAAACCCCUCCUAAUGUUUUCGUUAUAAUAAAUGACUUUUAGUCCGAAAAAUACGGUACUGUACAGCACUGGAACAUGUUUUGGAACUUUUGUUUGAUUUAAAAAAAAAAAAAAAAAAAAAAUCGGUAUCAGAUAGCGACUUGGUAUUGGCAGAUUCUCAAAUUCAGGUGACUCGGACUCAGGUGUAACAAUCGGGACAUCCCUUAUGUUUUGUCCAAGCUUCAGUUUGUUAUCCAGGUUUUGUUCUGGACUCUAUCAGGCUAAGAAUCCAAACUUUCAGUGACACUUCAUUUAUCCCUGGAAUGACUGUUGACUGCUGUGCUAUUCAUUAACAAAGACCACACAGACGUGACAUCGCAGCUUCCUGGAAGAAAGUGGGCUUUGUUUGCCCGAGUAAGGAAAGGAAAAAGGCAGCACCUGUCGAUGUCACUUCCUUCCCCAGAGGAUCCUUGGUAGUGGCUUGUCCGGUUAGAGCAGAUAUCCGCGCAGGAAGAGUGGCUCGCCUGGCAGAGCUUUGUGGUUUUCAUUGACCGCGGCUGGGAAGACCUGCCUCCAAGGGGAUUCCUCCUGUAUUAGUGUAAAAUGAUCGGGAGUUAGAAAGACAGAAGAGAGAAUGAUUGAGAGUGAAAAAGCAGGAAAUGAUAUCAGGGUCUUAUGGGUGUUUUUCUUCCCCUUUACUUGCUUGAGGUUUUCCUUCGAUUGUUGAGAUUUUCGAGGAAUCCUGCUGUCGAUGUAAGCAUGCUCGCUUACUUGGCUGAAGUUUUGGUUUAGAGCGAAGCAUGUCCAAUGAUCUGGAACUCCAGUUUGAGAGGCUAACGCGGGAGCUGGAAGUUGAGAGGCAGAUUGUGGCCAAUCAACUGGAAAGAUGUAGACUCGGGGCAGAGUCGCCGGGUGCUGGAAGCAGCAGCUCGUCUGAGAAGUCCCUGCCUUGGAGAACUCCCGACAUCCACGCCCCAGGGGAGCUCCAGGCACGGCUCGCCGAAAGCUCCCAGUCCCCAAGUUACCGCAUCAGGCUCGAGUCGGAGCAGUUGUCUCCAUACUCUCCGGAACAGUCCUCCCCCCAUGAAAGUGAGGGGUCCACAGGGAACUCGCACAGUUCAAUUCAGAUGAACUCGUACUCAGACAGCGGUUACCAGGAUGCGACCACCGUCUACCACAGCAACCAGAAUGUGGUCAAAUCUGAGCUGAGGAUGCAGCACUCCUUCCCUGGCGCGAGUACAAGCACAAGCACCCCUGUGAAGACCGCCAGGGCGGAGGGGCAGGCCUCUGCACAGGUCCCAUCCGUGGGUGGAGCGGUACCGGGACGAGCGAUGCGGAGAGUUAGCUCAGUGCCUUCUCGCUCUCAGUCCCCGUCCCACGUCAGCAGCUUGUCACCCCCCCGUGGCUCCCUGCGCACCUCUGCCGGCAGCACCUACGGUUCGCCCAUUGUUACGGAACCCAAACCCCUCUCCUGCAUCUUCUCCACCACUUUACCUUCCUCCGCCAACCGCAGUGGAACCGGAGGCUCGCCUCUCUCAACUCAGAAAAACUCCCCUGCCGCACUACGACGGGUGGGUUCCGCCAACUCCAGACAGGGCAGCACGAGUCGGACAACCUCACCCUACCAGGGUUCGUCAUCGGGCCGCGUGGGCUCGCCUCUGACCCUGACGGACGGCUGUCAGAUGAGCAAGCAGCCCAGUCACUCGUCUCCGGUUCGAGCGAGCAUGGUGGCCGUACCCCAGCACUACAGCUCCACUCUGCCCCGCGGCGUAAUCCAAAACGCUGACCCUUACAGGCCGCAGGGGUACGACGUUUACGAGCGGAGGACGCGACCUAACAGCCUCGCAGGCAUGCGGAACACAUACGCCAGUCAGCACAACCAGUUGGCCCAUGACUUGAGGGCUACCAUAUCUCCAGAGCGCCGUAUUGCGCCCAUCUUUGAGGACCGCAUGUAUCAAGCCCCGUUGUACCACACGCAACAAGGAACCAUCUGCAGGAGCAGUUCAGGUGUGGGGAGUCUCCAGCGGACGUCAAGUCAACGCAGUGCCAUGACCUACCAAAGAACCAACUUGGCUCUUAACUCAGCCGCCACCUACGCGGAUCCGUAUCGCUCGGCGCAGUAUCGGCCGUGCGAUUCCAACUACAGUCGACAGGUUGGCAUCAUGGAUGAUCCCACCCGCUCACCCUCAAUAGACAGCAUCCAGAAGGACCCCAGAGAGUUUGCUUGGCGCGACCCAGAGCUGACAGAAGUGAUUCACAUGCUGCAGCACCACUUCCCAUCCGUGCAGGCCAACGCAGCAGCUUAUUUGCAGCACCUCUGCUUUGGCGAUAACCGAAUUAAGGCUGAGGUGUGUCGGCUCGGCGGCGUCAAACACCUUGUUGACUUGCUAGACCACAAAGUGCUAGAGGUCCAGAGGAACUCCUGUGGAGCUCUGAGGAACCUGGUGUAUGGAAAAGUCAUGGAUGAAAACAAAAUCGCUCUGAGGAACGCGGGUGGCAUACCGGCUCUGCUCCGACUGCUGAGGAAAAGCGUUGACGCAGAGGUGCGAGAACUCGUCACAGGGGUGCUGUGGAACCUGUCGUCGUGCGACGCCGUCAAGAUGACAAUCAUCCGCGACGCCUUAACCACCCUGACCAACACUGUGAUCAUCCCCCACUCGGGAUGGAGCAGCUCCACCUUCGAAGAGGACCACAAACUUAAAUUUCACUCGUCGCUGGUGCUGAGAAACACGACAGGCUGCUUGAGGAACCUGAGCUCAGCUGGCGAGGAGGCCCGAAAACAGAUGCGCACCUGUGAGGGUUUGGUUGACUCACUGCUCUACGUCAUCAAAGCCUGUGUCAACACUUCAGAUUUUGACAGCAAGAUAGUGGAAAACUGCAUUUGCACGUUAAGGAACCUGUCCUACCGUCUGGAGCUGGAGCUGCCUCCGUCACGCUUGAUCGGAGUGCAAGAGGUCGACGCCAUUCUGGGAAGCGAAUCGCCAAGCAAAGACGUCAGCUCCAGUUGCUGGGGGAGGAAAAAGAAGAAGAAAAAGAACUCGCAGGAAGACACUUGGGAUGGUGUGGGACCCAUCCCAGGUUUCUCCAAGCCACCCACAGGUGCUGAAAUGCUGUGGCACCCUGCGGUAGUGAAGCCUUACUUGACGUUACUUGCCGAGAGCUCCAAUCCUUCCACUCUGGAGGGCGCUGCCGGGUCACUUCAGAAUCUGUCCGCCGGCAACUGGAAGUUUGCAGCAUACAUCCGUGCCGCAGUACGUAAAGAGAAAGGACUUCCCAUCCUUGUAGAGCUGUUGCGGAUGGAUAACGACCGGGUGGUGUGUUCGGUGGCCACCGCACUGAGAAACAUGGCGCUGGACGUCCGGAACAAAGAGCUCAUUGGGAAGUACGCCAUGAGAGACCUGGUCAACCGCCUCCCCGGGGGAAAUACCACCUUGCUGUCGGACGAGACGGUGGCGGCCAUCUGUUGCACCCUGCACGAGGUCACAAGCAGGAACAUGGAGAACGCCAAAGCGCUGGCAGACACGGGCGGCAUCGAGAAGCUAGUCAACAUCACCAAGGGCAGAGGAGACAGGUUUUCUCUGAAAGUGGUCAAAGCGUCCGCCCAGGUGCUAAACACAUUGUGGCAGUACAGAGAUUUACGUGCCAUCUAUAAGAAAGAUGGAUGGACCCAAAACCAUUUCCUCACUCCUGUAUCCACACUCGAGCGGGACAGGUUCAAGUCGCAGCCCACCCUCCCCACCAACAGUAAUCAGAUGUCCCCCCUUAACCACCCUGCCGCCAGCGCCAUGUCGUCUCCCGCCGUUCGUGAUCACACCCUGAGAGAUUAUCAGAGAGCACAGUCAACUAUGCAGUUUUAUAACUACCAAGUGGACAACAGUAUUCACAAAAUUCAGUAUACAGGGUCUGGAAAGCCAUCGCCAUAUUACUACCCGUCACCCACACGGGAGGAGCCCAGAAGAACACAGCCUCUGUACUACGCCGACGAGGUCGGGAGAAGGACUUACGACCCGUACAGGAUGUACUUGCAGCAUCCGCACGGCUACGACGACGCCUACGCGGACGAGGUCCUGGCGUACGUGCCCGCCAUGGACUACGGCGGGCAGACUCACACGCUAAAGGCCACCAACAACUACGUGGACAUUUACGCCAGCACGCGCAGGCCCUCUUACCGGGCCGAGCAGUACCCGGGAUCCCCCGACUCGUGGGUCUGAAACACAAAGACGAAACGUGAACUUGGCUUUGUAAAGACUACGUGUGAAAGUGCGUCUGUUUGUGUGUGUGUGUUUGUAUACAGUGGACAUAAUAGUCUACACGCCUCUGUUUAAAUGCCAGGUUUGGGUUAGACCAAGACAAAGUCAUUUCAAAACCUUUCCACCCUUGAUUUAUAACCUGCGGAACCCAACUGUAAGAAUAUAAAUAAGAAUUCUAAAGUGGACGUAAAAAUUUUACCAUAAAAAAAUAAUUUUGUGUGUGGAAGGCAUGUGCUGGUAUAAGAUUUUGACGGUUUGAUACCACGGUAUCACGGUAUUGCAAUUAUGGCUCUAAAAUGUGUUAUUUUGAGAUGUAUGGGUUAAAAAAUGUUUAGAUUAAAAGAUUUUUAAAUUUUUCACAACAUAUUUGCAAAUUGGAACAUUGACACAAAUAUAAUGUUAUAAUACAUAAAUUUAAAAAAAUAAUAAAUAACUGGAAUAUUUAAUGUGAGUAUUGUGACCUUCACAUACUACUAUUAAUAUUAAUUUGGUGAAUAUUAAUUGAGAACGAGAGAGACGCAGCGCAUGUGUAUGACUUGUAUCAUUAUUUACACAUUAUAUACACACGCACACCCUCUCUCAACACAGAACGUCGCAUGUGCUGGUAUGAGAUUUUGACGGUAUGAUAACCUUAAGCAAAAAUACCGCGGUUUCACGGUAUCACGGUAUUGCAAUUAUACCUGGAAUAUAAUGUUAUAAAAAAUAAAUAACAAAACAAAUUUUAAAAAAUGGAAUAUUUGAUGUGAGUAUUGUCACCUUCACCUACUACUGUUGAUAUUAAUUUGUUGAAUAUUAAUUGAGAACGAGAGCGACGGAGCGCGUGUGUAUGACUCGUAUCAUUAUUUACACAUUACAUACACACACACCCUCUCUCAACACAGAAAGUCGCAUGUGCCGAUACAGCGGUUUCACGGUAUUACGGUAUUGCAAUUAUAGCUCUAAAAUGUGUUAUUUUGAGAUGUAUGAGUUUAAAAAAUUCAACUGAACAGGAUUUUUCACAACAUAUUUGCAAAUUGGAACAUUGACAUUAAUAUAACGUUAUAAUAAAUAAUAGCAAAACAAAAUAAAUAACUGGAAUAUUUAAUGUGAGUGUUCACCUUCACCUACUACUACUAAUAUUAAUUUGUUGAAUAUUAAUGGAGAGCGAGAGUUAGAGACAGCGCGCGUGUGUAUGACUCGUAUCAUUAUUUACACAUUAUACACACACACACACACUCUCUCAACACAAAGUAGCCAGAGAGAAAAAACACCACAGGCGGAAGACUUUACAAAAAUACGCGAAUAGUAGUGAGUAAACUAGUUAGCCAUCUUGGCAUGCUAACUAUCCAGGUUAACAGUCUCGUUAACAAGCUUACAUUAUAGUACAUGUUUAGACACACAAAACACGCUGGACUGGUGGAAAACAUUCAUGACAGCGUUUACUUACCUUAAAUUUUGUGUCAAGUGAGGGAUGACAUUGGUCACGUAAAUGUGAAAUCACGUUGGAGGUCCUGCUGUACUUCCUCCUUUAAGCCGCGUCCGUCUGUUUCUUUUCGGUAGCAGAAAUACUAAUACCUAAUACUCGGGAGGGGUGAGCACUGCCACUCCAAGCCAUUUGUCGCAUAAAAAUUAGCUAAUACCCUACUGACGGAAAAUUUUACGUGUUUUGAAACCGUGACGUUUUCAUACCACGGUAAACCUUGAAACCGGUAACCAGCACAUGCCUAGUUGUGUGUUUUAAGUCAUAUGGGUUAUAGAUCACGUUGUUUGAAAGGGUUUUAAAAUGAUCUUGGGUUUAUUUUUGUACAGUACAAAAACUUGACAUUGAAACAGAGGUGUGUAGACUUUUAUAUUGCCACUGUACGUAGUGGAGCGACAGCAGAGGGAAUCAUGGAAUGUGUGCCUAUAGAAGGGAAUUAGUUUAAGUAGUUAGGGGGGUACACACAAAAACGAUAUUUGAGGUUCUAACCAAUGGAAAAAAAUUUGCAAGUGAAUUAUGACUUUCGAUGGUAAGCCGAAACCGUUUUCGAGGCAUAUCAAGUACAAAAAAAAGGCUCUAAACACACACAAAAGCACAGGAUAAUUACUAGGGCUGCAGCUAUCAGUUAUUUUAGUAGUUGAUUAAUCUAUCAACUACUUAGUUCGAAUAAUCGAGUAUUCGGAUUAAGAACAUUUAUUGCGUUGCAGAAUCAAUUUUAGGCGAUGUAAAACAAAGGUUUGCUAAGAUUGCACGUUCAAAAGAGCAUUAAAUGCAAAUACAAAAUAAGCUUAGCCUCAAACAGUAUAGAAAAUGAACGAGGGUCUAAGUACAACAAAAGAACAAUUGUCUAACUUGGAUAGCAAACGUCUGCUAGCUUAAAUGCUAUAAAAUGUUGGGGGAUUUUUCAAAUGCUCUCAACAAAUCGUUCAAAUACAUAUUCCCACAAAAAAACUGAUAAAUAAACAUAGAAACUAAAUUACUAAUGCAUUAAAAAAAAAAAAAAAAAAAAAAAAAAAC